CUCCACAUGCGUCACACUGUUUACAGCAGGGGGGACUACAACGCUUCAGUAGCUGUUAGGAAUAUUUCUUUAUAGCUUACAAUAAAUAUAACACCGUGAGGCUGUUUACAUUGGCAUUGCUUUGAAAUGCUUCUUUUCUGUCCAACCUGUGGAAAUGUUUUAAUCGUAGAGGAAGGACAGAAGUGCAUGAGAUUCGCCUGUAACACCUGUCCGUAUGUCCACAACAUCACGAGAAAGGUAAACAGCAGAAAGUAUCCGAAGCUAAAAGAGGUGGACGAUGUUCUUGGUGGCGCUGCUGCUUGGGAAAACGUGGACUCAACUCCAGAAACGUGUCCAAAGUGUGGACAUCUGCGGGCGUAUUUCAUGCAGAUUCAGACCAGAUCAGCGGACGAGCCUAUGACGACUUUCUACAAAUGCUGCAGUGCUCCGUGUGGACACCGAUGGAGAGACUAAAAGACUUUGGACUGCUGAGAUCACAAACCUUAUACGUCUUCCCUUGUUUCUGACAUUAUAUUUAUUCCAAACAGCAUCUGGUAGUCAUGGAAACUCUUCUGGUGGAUUCCAGCUUCUUCUGUUUGUCAGUUUUGUUGCGUGUAACGGCCCAGUUGAAGAUAAUCUAACUCUCUUUAGAUGAUUCUUACACACAGUAUCAUUCACUUUGAAGGCAUACAUCAUUUUCAAAUCAACAAUAAAUGAGUUCUGAUGAAA